CUCUUAUUUAGUAAUGCUCCUACAUCCUCGCAUCCACCUGCAGCCAAGAUGGAGACAGGCACGGAAGCUCUGGUUGCUCACCUCAAGGACGUCCUCCUCGAACUUUCCACCAACCCCUAUCCUGAAGUCGCGUGUCCGCCUAAUCUGCCGCGCCGAGCUUCGGUAGCUGUCAUUCUCCGCAUCCAGCCCCAUUUCGACCAUUGGCCUGCUGUGCAGACUAAGCAUUUCCACGCGCAUAGACCCCAUCACCGGCGGAGAUCUUCGCUGGCCUCGAACCCGGAGCAUAAGCUGUCGUUCAAGGACAUAUUGGAUGCCUUCUUUGAGCAGGACUGGGUUAAACAUGGGGACCCAGAGAUGCUGUUCAUAAAGCGGGCGACGCGGGUUGGGGAUAAGUGGAAUGGUCAUGUUGCUCUGCCUGGAGGGAAGAGGGACCCCGAGGACGAGGACGACCAAGUCACGGCUGUUCGCGAGGCUAUGGAGGAGGUCGGGAUUGACCUCUCGUACUCGCACGCCAUCUCAAUUGGGAAUCUCCCGCAACGGAUCGUGACGACUUCAUGGGGCAAGGUGCCAUUAAUGGUGCUCUGCCCAUACGUCUACCUCCUCACCUCCUCGGACUACCCACCCCAGCGUCUCCAACCCACCGAAGUGGCCUCCACCCAUUGGGUAUCCCUCCGCGCGCUCCUCUCUCCCGCCCUCCGUACGUACGAGUACGCUGACGUGUCCAACCGCCUCGCGAAAUCCGAACUCGGCAUCAAACGCUGGUUUCUGCAAGCCAUGCUUAGCAAAAUGAUGUUCGCCGCCAUAUGCCUUACACCUUCAGAGAGCACUUAUUGUAGCUCCAUCUCCGGCUUUGUGCCCGAAGGUCCGCCAGCGAAUGGCUUUGGAAUGGGGAAAUUGAAGGAGAUUUUGAAAGGUCCCGAGGCGAGUUAUCCUAGCCGUCAACAGCCGCUGCUUUUGUGGGGUCUUACGCUUGGAGUUGUAUCGGAUUUCCUAGAACAUAUACCUCCACAUAAUGCUCUGGAGCUGUGGACGUAUCCCACAUUUACUAAUUGGGAUGUGCGGUUCACUAUGUGGGCUAUGUCCUACCGGUUUAGAAAGCAGAAAGCAAUAGAGAUGAGCUCUACAGAACAGCGCGGGACUAUUGGUAUUGUAGAGGAGGGUAUAGAUGCCGCCGAGGCGCCGAAACAGGAUUUGCCAGACCCGCAAGCAACAGAGGCUGAAGAACCUGGAGAAGUAGGUAUUGCAGGACUUGGUGUUGGUAGAAACUGGGGUAAAACAGGAAGAGCAAAGCUAGUGGCACGAGGCGCCGCUGUCAAUUCCAUGUUGGAGGGCUACUAUCCGAUUGUACGCAAAGCAGUUGCAACGGCGUUGGUUGGUAGGAUAGCUGUUGUUUCGCUUUUAGUGGUGUAUGUUUGGAAUAGGUAUACACGCCGGCCUUGA